AUAUGGCGCAUAUAAACACCUUGGUUCACUAUCAUCAUAUAUAUCAUAUAUUAUAGAGUGUUUUCUUAUCGCCUUGCUCAAAUCAAUGUUCAAUGGCCAACCAAAACUCUCUCCCCCUCUAUGAAAAAUACUGGUACAAGCACAAUUACAAAAGGGUAACAGAUAGUUUGCUCUUAAUCCUCCUCUUACUGCUGCUUGGUUAUCGCGUUAUCUCUUUUAACAGCUACUCUUUCCCUUGGUUUGUUGCCUUUUUGUGCGAAUCAUGGUUCACCUUCUCUUGGUUUUUAACCCUCACCACUCAGUGGAAUCCAGCUCUAAUCACAACCUACCCAGAUCGUCUUUUGCUAAGCAGCGUGCAAGAGCUUCCAGCAGUGGAUUUGUUCGUGACAACAGCAGAUCCUGUGCUUGAACCACCGAUUAUCACAGUGAACACUGUAUUGUCUCUGUUGGCACUUGAUUACCCAUCUCAUAAGCUAGCUUGUUAUGUUUCUGAUGAUGACUGUUCCCCUCUCACCUUCUAUGCUCUUCAAGAAGCCUCCAAAUUUGCUAAGUUUUGGGUACCUUUUUGUAAGAAGUAUGAGGUGCAAAUUAGAGCUCCACUUAGAUACUUCUCUGGAAAGCCUGAGUUCUCCACAAACAACACCACACCAGAAUUCAGACAAGAAUGGUUACAGAUGAAAGAUCUGUAUGAUCAUCUUAGCCACAAAAUAGAAUUAGAUGAGUUACAAAAAUCAGAUCCAUGUCAUGGAGACUUUGCGGUUUUCUCAGAUACUGAGAAAACAAAUCAUUCAACAAUAAUCGAGGUGAUAUGGGAGAACAGGGAAUACCUUGUAGAUGGAUUGCCACAUUUGAUUUACAUUUCUAGAGAAAAGAGGCCGAAACAGCCACACCAUUUCAAAGCUGGUGCCAUGAACGUGUUGACAAGAGUUUCCGGGUUGAUAACCAACGCUCCCUUUAUGUUGAACGUGGACUGUGACAUGAUUGUAAACAAUCCAAAAAUUAUUCACCAUGCAUUGUGCAUUUUGCUUGAUCCCAAAGGAGAAAAAGAAGUUGCAUUUGCUCAAUUUCCCCAACAAUUCUAUGCUACAUUGAAAGACGAUCCUUUUGGAAAUCAAAUGGCAAUUUUUAUUAAGUACGUAACUGCUGGAAUAGCUGGACUUCAAGGACCUUUCUACGGGGGAACAAACUGCUUACAUAGAAGAAAAGUUAUUUAUGGUCUUUCUCCAUGUGACAUGGAAAAGGGAAACAGCAUAUCGGAGGAGGAAUUAAAAGAAAAGUUUGGAGUUUCAAAGGAGAUUAUGAAAUCAGCUGCUCGUGCUUUGGAAGGGAAGACUUAUUUGCCAAAUGAUAUUAAUAUUUCGAACGCUGUUGACAUAGCAAGUCAAGUUGCUAGUUGUGGAUAUGAAUAUGGCACUGCCUGGGGCAAACAGGUGGGUUGGAUAUAUGGAUCAAUAACAGAGGAUAAGCUCCUUGGGCUGACAAUACACGAAAAAGGUUGGAGAUCAGAAUUGUGUACACCAAGCCCAAUUGGGUUCACAGGUUUCGCUCCAGGAGGUGGCCCAACUGCAAUGAUCCAACAAAAGAGAUGGGCCACAGGAUUGCUUGAAAUCUUCUUUUGCAAGCAUUCUCCUAUUAUUGGCACCCUUUUCCGUAAGCUUACUUUGAGACAGUGCUUAGCAUAUAUGUGGAUUAUCAAUUGGGGCCUACAGCCAGUAUUUGAAGUAUGUUAUGCAUGUCUCAUUGCAUAUUGCAUCGUCACCAACUCCAAUUUCUUACCCUUGGACAUGGGCAUAUGUAUUCCUAUUGCGAUUUUCAUAAUUUACAAAGGAUACACUAUAUUAGAGUAUUUAGAAUCAGAUUUGUCAAUUCGAGCAUGGUGGAACAAUCAAAGGAUGUCAAGAAUAAUAUCUAUGAAUGCUGGUUUUUGUGCAUUUCUUAACAUUCUACUUAAGUUAUUAAGGAUAUCUGAAACUGUGUUUGACAUAACAAAGAAAGAUUUACCCCCAACAAAAGAUGUUGAAGAUGAUAAAGAUGUUGGUAAGUACACCUUCGACGAGUCCCUAAUUUUCUUGCCAGGAACUACCAUUUUGUUGUUGCAAUUAACAUCAAUGAUUAUCAAGUUACUAGGAUUGCAACCACUAGUGUCAACUCUAGGUGGAAAUAGGUGUGGACUAGGUGAGGUUUUUUGUUGUGUAUAUUUGAUAAUUUGUUAUUGGCCAUUUUUAAGAGGAUUAUUUGAGACAAAAAAGUAUAGGAUUUCCUUGUCUACUAUAUGCAUAUCAACUAUCUUAACAUGUCUCUUUGUGCAUAUAUGUCAAAGGAUCAUGUUGGUUUAGAGGGUUUAGAAAUUAGAAAAAAUAAAUUAUGAUUAUCAAUAUAAGGAUUGUUUUGUUAAAA